AUGUUCAAUGAUAACCCUUCUUUCUUUUUCAACUUGUAGAUUGGCAGUGAUCUCUCCCAGUUUGUGGGGCCGCUUGUAUUGAACCACCUGCUACAGUCCAUGCAACAAGGUGAUCCAGCUUGGACUGGUUACAUCUAUGCAUUCUCAAUUUUUGCUGGAGUGGCUGUUGGGGUGUUAUGUGAAGCUCAGUAUUUUCAGAAUGUCAUGCGUGUUGGUUUUCGGUUGAGAGCUACCUUGGUUGCUGCUGAGGGCUUGCAGCGUACUGAUAGGAGAAUUGGCCUCAUGAAUGAAAUAUUGGCUGCAAUGGACACUGUGAAAUGUUAUUGUUGGGAAAGCAGCUUCCAGUCUAAAGUUCAAAGUGUUCGUAAUGAUGAAUUAUCACGGUUCCGCAAAGCAUCACUACUUGGAGCAGUAUAUCCUGGCACCAUAUUACAAAUUUUCUGUUUGGUUUUUGCUAGAUCUGGAGUCUUGAUAUGAGUAUCUAUAUAAAAACUGGCUUUCUAUCCAAGAUUUAGUAUAUGUCAAUCACUAGGUACAAAAAUGCAUUAGGUGGUUUUUGGGUGGUGAUGGUGCUUUUUGCAUGCUAUGUCUCAACAGAAGUUCUACGAGUUUCAAGUAGCACAUGGUUGAGUACUUGGACAGAUCAAAGCUCUCCAAAGACACAUGGGUCAGGUUAUUACAACUUGAUCUAUUCACUUCUCUCAUUUGGUCAGGUAUGAGUUUGUUAAGUAGAUAUGUACCAUUUUUCAUAUCCUUCUGUGACAUUCCCUUUUAAAAGUAGAAAGGAUGCCUACCUUUCCCACCGAUCUCAGAAAUUAUAUCAUCUUGUUGGGCGAAAUGCCAAAUCCUGCCCUCAAAGGCUCAAAAUUGUAUUCUGUAUGUAUUUGAUUUUC